ACUAAGCCGGCGUAAGUCCGCCUAAGCGAAGGGAAACCACAUCGAAGUUACAAAGUGGACAAAAGAGCCACUGAAUAACGACGGCCAACUUUCCCGGAUCCAAAACUGGAGGAAAACGCACAGAAUAAAGCACGAAACAACCGAGGAGAAUGGCCGCUUCUGAGGACUUUAAGCCUCCCAGUGGAGAGGGCCUAGGGAAAUACAACAUCUUGCCGCCCAUUCCAAGCACAUCAGCUGAGCCUUCGCUGACUCAAGGGUCCAUGGCCGGACACCGAGGCAUUGAACACUGGAGCGCCAUGAGGAAGCACUUACUGAGGCACAGGCGCAGCGGGGAGGUGCAGAAGCAGCUGCGUGGAAUAAUGGUAUCUGAUGCAAUGAUGGCUCAUCAGAAGGUUCAGAGGGGGAAACGACCAGCUCGCUCUUCACCGGACCCAAUGGAUUCUGACAAAAUGAUCAGUGAAGACAGAAAGCGAAAAAUGAAUUACUCAUUCCUGAAAAGCUGCGUAGAGGGCCGCCCCAUUGCACCCAUCCCUCAACAAUGGUUGGAUUCCAUAUUCACCCGUGUACCUCAGCAGCUGCGUCAGGAACCCAGGAACCUGGAUCUGCUGAAGGAACUUUGCAAGGAAGUUAGCGAGAACUUCCUCAGCGACAUGGUUAAACACACUGUGAAUAUGGUUCUCCAAAGUCCAGAGAGCAAAGAAACUGAGCACCCCCAUGAGAUGCCGCAGUCAGAGCAAACUCCUGAUUUCUCCACCCCUUGGAAAGAUGGCUUUCUUAAGAGUCGCAAGAUGAUAAGAGACAAUUUGCAUGUCCUCCACCCUGUUAUGAGGAUAAUCCUGGAUAUUUGCCAUAAGACGUUUUCUCAACUGCUUCUGGUGGACCUUUCAGACUGUAGGUCCACAGGGCCCAUUGACUGUGAGAGCCUGCGAAACAAAGUCACAGUGCAGUGCAAGAAGAACGAGGAGAACAUCAUGAACACCUGGUUCCCAAAAGUCAUUCAUCUACUGACAAGCAAGGACACCCUGCAGAGUAUCAAAACAGAGAAGCUUGACUCUUUUUACAACUGCGCAUCCACACUCAUCUCCAACCAGCUGAAAGCCCUAGUGGAGAGGAGUAUAAAGGAGUAUGUGAGCCUCUUCCAUCCGUCCAGGUCUGACCAGCUCCCACUCUUCAAGAUGGAUCUGACCUUUGAUGAUGAGAAGAUGGAGUUCUAUCCCAGUUUUCAAGACCUGGAGGAGGCUGUUCUGGAGACCAUAGAUCAAAUCACUGGCACAAUGCAGGAAGUCCAAACUGUGCAAUCUUGGUUGGCUGAAGCUCCUGGUUCAUUUAUUGAUGUCAGUUUGCCAGCUCGUGUUGUGGCAUGGGCCCGAACAACUCUGAAAGAUGCAGUCAAGGAGAACUUUGAAGAACCCGAUAAACACUUCCAGAAAUAUGUAAAUAAUUAUGAUUGGCUGGUCAAUGGAACAGCCCAGAGUCGGGUGAGGAAAUUCAUGGAGGAGGAACAUGCAUUUGAUGAGUACACUGAGCUGGUAGAAGAAUUUCGAACGUUGUCCAGGGAGAUUGCAAGCCUGCCUAACAUGGCCCAUUUUGCUAUGAUCUGUCUGGGAUGUGAGGAACUGAAACAGGGCCUGGCUAAGAAAGCAAAAGCCUUUGCUCAAGCCUUGCUGGAGCGCCUUGUUGCAACUCAUCGCAAGCAGAGCCACGAGAUCUGUCAGGAGUUUGAAACCAUCAGAGAAAACGCUUUAAAGGUCCCUGAUACAACUGAGGACAUGAUGGAGAUGAUCUCCUACGUUGAAUACAUCAAGACUAAAGGGAUUGAAGAACUCAAUACAAGAAUACUGGAUAUUAAGCGUGUGCUGUAUUAUCUACUGGAUGUCUACAUAUUUGACUCAGAGGACCUCAGGCUAAACUCCACUGCUCUGACGUGGCCACAGAAGAUAAAUCCAGUCUUUGACUUGAACAAUGAGAUCAUGGAGAAAGCCAAGAGGAAAGGAGAGCAGGAGCUACUUGCCCGAAGAGACAGACUGGUGCUUGAGCUGGAGAAACUCAGCCGUAGGAUUGAUGAAUUUGCGGAGUGUUCUGAGUUAGACAUGAUGAAUCAGUAUGUGAAUGAUGUGAGAACAAUACAGAAACGAAUUCAGGAUGCAGAAGACUCUGUGGCUUUUAUCAAUAAAGAAGAGACUCUCUAUCAGUAUGAGCAGACAGAAUACCCAAAGCUGGACACCAUCAAAGAGAGCUUAGAGCCUUAUCAGAAGCUCUUUGGGCUUGUGCAAAAAUGGCAGCGAGCAGAAAAGAGAUGGAUGGAUGGGUCUUUCCUGGAUCUAAAUGGUGAGAGCAUUCUACAGGAGGUACAAGAGUUCUCAGCAGAGCUAUACAAGAUGAUGAAGUUCUUCCUGCAAAAGCAGAAGAAGGCGGAGCAAGACAAGGCUAAGGAUGCUGACGGGACCAAGCAUGAAAGCCCCACCGUCAAGAUCUGCUCAAAUGUGUUGGAACAUAUCGAACACUUCCAGGAGCAUAUUCCCAUGAUUUCCACCAUGUGUAACCCAGGCAUCAGGUCCCGGCACUGGGAGCAGAUGUCACAGAUUGUGGGCUUCGACCUGACGCCUGACUCAGGCACAACUCUGCGUAAGAUGUUGAAGCUGGACCUCUCACCCUACUUGAAUAAAUUUGAAAUCAUCAGCACUGCAGCCAGUAAGGAAUAUUCCCUGGAAAAGGCCAUGUACACCAUGGUGGAGAUAUGGGACAAUGUGUCAUUCAGUUAUUACCCCUACCGGGAGUCUGGUGUAUCCAUCCUCAGUGCAGUGGAUGAAAUCCAGACCAUGCUGGACGAUCAGAUAGUAAAGACCCAGACAAUGCGUGGGUCACCAUUCAUUAAGCCCUUUGAAACUGAGAUCAAGGUAUGGGAGGAGCGUCUGAUCCGGAUCCAGGAGACGAUUGAUGAGUGGCUAAAGGUUCAAGCCCAAUGGCUCUACCUGGAGCCCAUCUUCUCAUCUGAAGAUAUUAUGCAGCAGAUGCCUGAGGAAGGACGCCUUUUUCAGUCUGUUGAUAAGCACUGGAGGGAAGUUAUGAGGCAUUGCGUUAAGGACCCCAAGGUCUUGCCAGCCACCUCAUUGCCUGGCUUACUCGAAAACCUCCAGAAUUCCAACAACCUUCUGGAACAGAUCAUGAAAGGACUAAAUGCAUACCUUGAAAAGAAAAGGCUCUUCUUUCCUCGGUUUUUCUUCCUGUCCAAUGAUGAGAUGCUGGAAAUCUUGUCGGAGACCAAGGAUCCCAUGCGAGUUCAGCCUCAUCUGAAGAAAUGCUUUGAGGGCAUUGCGAAGCUGGACUUCUUACCUAACCUGGACAUCCAGGCUAUGUACAGCGGGGAGGGAGAGCGAGUAGAGCUCAUUGAGCUCAUCUCCACGUCAGAAGCACGCGGUGCGGUGGAGAAAUGGCUGGUGCAGGUGGAGGAUAUCAUGUUGCGCAGUGUGCGAGAUGUGAUUUCGCACUCCCUACAGGCCUAUUCGCAGAGUGGAAGAAGCAAAUGGGUCAGGGAAUGGCCUGGACAAGUGGUUCUGUGCACGUCUCAGAUAUUCUGGACUACUGAGGUCCAUGAGGCGAUUAGGAAAGGCCCUGAGGGCUUGAAGAACUAUGUCCAAACACUACAGGACCAACUGAACGACAUAGUGGCACUGGUGAGGGGAAAGCUUCCUAAGCAGACCCGCAUCACACUAGGGGCCCUGGUUACCAUUGACGUGCAUGCCAAGGAUGUGGUCAGCGAGAUGAUCGAAAAAGGUGUCUCCCAUGAGACAGACUUCCAAUGGUUGGCACAGCUGAGAUAUUACUGGGACCAAGACAAUGUGCGUGUGCGCAUCAUCAACUGUGAUGUCAAAUAUGCCUACGAGUACCUUGGCAACUCUCCGAGGCUAGUCAUCACCCCUCUGACUGAUCGAUGUUAUCGAACACUGAUUGGUGCUUUUUACUUGAAUCUGGGAGGGGCUCCUGAAGGCCCCGCUGGAACUGGCAAGACUGAAACAACAAAGGACCUUGCGAAGGCUCUGGCAGUACAGUGCGUGGUGUUCAACUGCUCUGAUGGUUUGGAUUACUUGGCCAUGGGAAAGUUCUUCAAAGGAUUGGCUUCUUCAGGUGCCUGGGCGUGUUUUGAUGAGUUCAACCGCAUUGAGCUGGAAGUGCUGUCAGUGGUGGCUCAGCAGAUCCUCUGCAUCCAGAGGGCCAUUGAAAUGAAACUUGAGUACUUUGACUUUGAGGGCACAGAACUGCGCCUUAACCCCAACUGCUUUGUUGCCAUCACCAUGAACCCAGGCUAUGCCGGCCGUUCUGAGCUCCCUGACAACCUGAAGGUCCUCUUCAGAACAGUGGCAAUGAUGGUCCCCAACUAUGCGCUGAUUGCAGAGAUAUCCCUGUAUUCCUAUGGUUUCAUUAAUGCCAAGUCAUUGUCCGUGAAGAUCGUGAUGACCUACAGGCUAUGUUCAGAACAACUGUCCUCCCAGUUUCACUAUGACUACGGCAUGCGGGCAGUUAAGGCUGUGCUCGUGGCUGCUGGAAACCUCAAGCUCAAGUUCCCAGAUCAAAAUGAGGAUAUUCUGCUUCUUCGCUCGAUCAAGGACGUAAAUGAGCCCAAGUUCCUCUCUCAUGACAUCCCCCUCUUCAAUGGGAUAACAAGCGAUCUCUUCCCUGGCAUUUCCUUACCUGUUGCUGACUAUCAGCUCUUUCUGCAAUGUGCUCAUGAGUGCUGUCAGAAUCAUAAUGUACAACCCGUGAAGGUGUUCCUGGAAAAGAUGAUCCAGACUUAUGAAAUGAUGAUUGUUCGCCAUGGGUUCAUGCUUGUAGGAGAGCCAUUUGCUGGUAAAACAAAAGUCUUGCAUGUCCUGGCAGACACCCUGACCAUGAUGAAUGAGAAAGGGCUCUGUGAUGAACUGAAAGUUUUGUACCGAACCGUUAACCCCAAAUCCAUCACUAUGGGACAGCUUUUCGGUCAAUUCGAUCCAAUCUCUCAUGAGUGGGUGGAUGGAAUUGUGGCCAACACAUUUAGGGAGUUUGCCUCAGCAGAAACCCCAGAUCGCAAGUGGGUUGUGUUUGAUGGGCCCAUUGACACACUAUGGAUUGAGAGUAUGAACACAGUACUUGAUGACAACAAAAAGCUGUGUCUGAUGAGUGGCGAGAUUAUCCAGAUGUCCAAUCAGAUGAGUCUUGUCUUUGAAGCCAUGGACCUGUCUCAGGCCUCACCAGCUACAGUUAGCCGAUGCGGCAUGAUCUACAUGGAGCCCUCUCAGCUGGGCUGGGAGCCCCUGGUGUCGUCUUGGCUAAAUACCUUGCCCGAGCCUCUGAAGGAGCCAGAGAAAACUUCCCUGCUUACAGAACUCUUCCACUGGCUGGUACCCCCCUCCCUCAGAAUGCUGCGCAAACACUGUAGGGAGGUCGUCGGCACCAGUGACAGCAACGUAGUGAUGUCCUUGACACGGCUCAUUGCAAUGCUGCUACAUGAUCCACUGCAGGACAGUUCUGGGACCAAGAACAUACCCACAUGGAUUAUGGCUUCCUUUGCCUUUUCCAUCGUGUGGUCUGUGGGUGGUAGCUGUGACACAGAUAGUCGCUUCAAAUUUGACAACUUCCUGAGGGAGAUUCUUUCUGGCCGAUCAGAGAAGCACCCCAUUCCUUCCAGUAUGGGGAAGUGGGAUUGUGCCUUCAGUGAGAAGGGCCUUGUCUACGACUAUUUCUAUGAGUUUAAAGGUAAAGGUCGAUGGGUACAUUGGAGCGAGGCAAUAAAGAGCACCAGUCUUGGAGACAGCAAAACCAAAGUGCAAGACAUCAUUGUUCCAACCAUUGACACGAUUCGGUAUACCUACCUGAUGGACAUCUGCAUUCAACAUGAAAUACCCCUCCUGUUUGUUGGCCCUACUGGGACUGGCAAGUCUGUGUAUGUGAAGGAAAAACUCAUGAACAACCUGGACAAAGACAUCUACAUACCCUUCUUCAUCAAUUUUUCAGCGCGAACAAGUGCCAACCAGAUCCAGAACAUCAUAAUGGCUCGGCUGGAUAAGAGACGGAAAGGGGUGUUUGGCCCACCAAUGGGGAAGAAGUGUGUGAUCUUUGUGGAUGAUAUGAAUAUGCCUGCACUGGAGCAGUUUGGCGCACAGCCUCCUGUGGAGCUGCUCCGCCAGUUUUUCGACCAUAAAAACUGGUAUGAUGUGAAAGACACAAGCAAGAUAUCCCUGAAUGACCUGCAGUUGCUAUCCGCCAUGGGACCCCCCGGGGGUGGGCGGAAUGCUGUCACACCACGUUUCCUGCGCCACUUUAACAUCUGUGGCAUCAAUGCCUUCAGUGAUGACACGAUGGUCCAUAUCUUCUCUAAUAUUGUUGCAUUCUACCUAAAAGUCAACAACUUUCCACCUGAGUAUAUGACGUUGGGCAACCAGAUUGUGGCUGCUACUUUAGAGGUGUACAAGAAAGCCAUGGAGAACCUUCUGCCAACACCAGCAAAGUCCCACUACACUUUCAACCUGAGAGACUUCUCUCGUGUUGUGCAGGGGUGCCUCCUCCUCAAAAAGGAGUCCCUUCAAAACAAGUUCACCAUGAUCCGCCUCUUUGUACAUGAGGUCUUCCGUGUGUUUUACGACCGCCUGGUGGAUGACAUGGACCGAGCCUGGCUCUACAAACUAACAAAUGACAUAGUGAAGCAGCACUUCCGGGAGAAUUUCGAUAAUGUUUUUGAGCACCUGAAGCAAAACAACAAGCCAUUGUGUGAGGAGAACAUGAAGAACCUGAUAUUUGGAGAUUACAUGAACCCUGAUUUAGAAGAUGAUGAGCGACUCUAUGCUGAAGUGCCAUCCAUGGAGAAAUUCAGUGAGGUUGUGGAGCUCUGUCUGGAUGAGUACAACCGGACACACAAGAACCGCAUGAACUUGGUUAUCUUUCGGUAUGUCUUAGAACACCUCUCUCGGAUCAGCCGCAUCCUAAAGCAGCCUGGGGGUAACGCCCUCUUGGUGGGAGUGGGUGGCAGUGGUCGACAGUCUCUUACUCGCUUGGCCACCUACAUGGCCAAGAUGGUGCUCUUUCAGCCUGAGAUUUCCAAGAGCUACGGUAUGAAUGAGUGGAGAGAUGACCUCAAGCGUCUGUUGAAGAGUGCCGGCCUGAAAGGACAGAAGACGGUGUUCCUGCUUACUGAUGCCCAGAUCAAGGAAGAGGCCUUCCUUGAGGAUGUGGACAGUUUGCUGAAUACAGGGGAGGUUCCCAAUAUUUUCGCUGUGGAUGAGAAGCAAGAGAUUAUGGAGGCGGUUCGAUCCGUUGCCCAAGCAGGGAACAAAAACGCGGAUUUCACACCACUGGCACUCUUUGCCUUUUUUGUGACACGUUGCCGAGAGAACCUCCACAUUGUGGUGGCAUUCAGUCCCAUUGGGGAAGCCUUCCGCAACCGCCUACGCCAGUUUCCCUCCCUCAUCAACUGCUGUACCAUUGACUGGUUCCAGCCCUGGCCAGAGGAAGCACUAGAGCGAGUAGCCAACAAGUUCCUUGAAACACUUGAGAUGAGUGAUCAUGAGCGUCUAGAGGUCGUACCGAUCUGUAAAACCUUCCACACGUCUGCCAGCGAGCUGUCUCAAAAGUUCUUGUCUGAAUUAGGACGCCACAAUUAUGUAACACCUACCUCCUACCUGGAGCUUAUCGCUGCUUUCCGGCAGCUCCUCACACAGAAACGAGACACUGUAAUGAAGGCUAAGAAGAGGUAUACUAAUGGGCUGGACCAGCUAGCUUUUGCUGAGUCUCAGGUGGGGGAAAUGAAGAAGGAGCUGGUGGACCUGCAGCCUAAACUGGAACAAGCCAAGAUAGAAAAUACACGGAUGAUGGAGGUGAUCGAAGUUGAGUCGGUACAGGUGGAGGCCAAGAGUAAGGUUGUGCGAGUGGAUGAAGAGAUGGCCACGCUCAAGGCAAACGAGGCACAGGCCUUGAAGGACGAGUGCGAAAGUGAUUUGGCUGAAGCCAUCCCUGCCCUAGAGGCUGCUCUGUCUGCUCUUGACACCCUCAAACCAUCUGAUGUGACCAUAGUAAAAUCCAUGAAGAAUCCUCCUUCGGGGGUAAAGUUGGUGAUGGCAGCAGUCUGUGUAAUGAAAGACAUCAAACCGGAGAAAAUUAAUGACCCAGCAGGAACUGGACAGAAGAUUCUUGACUACUGGGGUCCAAGCAAAAAGCUACUUGGUGAUAUGAAUUUCUUGAAGGACUUGAGAGAAUAUGAUAAGGACAACAUUCCUGUGCCGGUCAUGCACAAAAUCCGCAGUGAAUACAUGACCAACCCCGAUUUUGACCCCGCAAAGGUGGCCAAAGCCUCUUCUGCAGCCGAGGGCUUGUGCAAAUGGAUCAAAGCCAUGGAAGUUUAUGACAGAGUGGCUAAGGUGGUAGCACCUAAAAAGGCCAACCUGGCUGAAGCUCAGCAGUCACUUGCUAACACAAUGCAAUUGCUGAACCAAAAACGGGCCGAACUAAAAGAGGUGGAGGAUCGACUGGCAGCUUUGCAGCGCACCUUUGAGGAGAAAACUCAAGAGAAAGCUCAACUGGAGUUUCAGGUGGAACUCUGCGCUAAUAAGCUGGACAGAGCUGAGAAGCUGAUUGGAGGCCUUGGAGGAGAAAAGACUAGAUGGUCAAAGGCAGCAGAUGAUCUUCAGAACACGUAUGACAACCUGACAGGAGAUGUGUUGAUCUCUGCUGGGGUCAUUGCCUACCUGGGUGCCUUCACAGCUGCAUUCCGGUUUGAUUGCACCAGGGCCUGGACCAAACUCUGCAAGGUCAAAAACAUCCCGUCAUCAGAUGAUUUUUCCCUCAGUAAGACUCUUGGAGAUCCAAUCAAAAUCAGGGCCUGGAAUAUUGCAGGGUUGCCCACAGACAGCUUUUCCAUCGAUAAUGGGGUCAUUGUGAGUAACUCCAGACGAUGGCCACUGAUGAUUGAUCCUCAGGGCCAAGCCAAUAAAUGGGUAAAGAACUCAGAGAAGGAAAACAACCUCAGUGUGAUAAAGCUGACUGAUGCAGACUAUAUGCGAACCCUGGAAAAUUGCCUCCAGUUUGGUACACCCUGCCUACUGGAAAAUGUUGGUGAAGAGCUGGACCCCUCAUUGGAACCCCUGCUGCUAAAGCAAAUCUUCAAACAAGGGGGCAUGGACUGCAUCAGACUGGGAGAAAGUGUGAUAGAGUACUCCAGUGACUUUCGCUUCUACAUCACCACAAAGCUGAGGAACCCUCACUACUUGCCUGAGCUGGCCACUAAAGUUUCCUUGCUCAACUUCAUGAUCACACCUGAAGGACUGGAGGACCAGCUGCUUGGCAUUGUGGUGGCCAAGGAAAGGCCAGAGCUCGAAGAAGAAAGAACUGCACUUAUCCUACAAUCUGCUGCUAACAAAAAGCAGUUGAAGGAGAUAGAGGACAAGAUCCUAGAAACCCUGCAGUCCUCCCAGGGCAACAUUCUGGAGGAUGAAAGUGCCAUUAAGAUUCUGGACUCUGCCAAAAUAAUGUCAAAUGAGAUCACCAAGAAGCAGCAGGUUGCUGAGAAGACAGAGAUAAAAAUCGCAGAAUCAAGGGAAGGCUACAGAGCAGUUGCCAAACACUCCUCUAUCCUGUUCUUCAGCAUUGCGGACCUAGCCAACAUUGAUCCUAUGUACCAGUAUUCUCUUGCCUGGUUUGUCAACCUCUAUAUCAACUCCAUUCAGGACAGUAAUAAAUCAAAGAUCCUGGAGAAACGACUUCGGUACCUGAUGGACCACUUCACAUACAAUCUGUACUGCAACGUCUGCCGCUCACUCUUUGAGAAGGAUAAACUGCUCUUCUCUUUCCUGCUGUGCUGCAACCUCCAGUUAGCAAAGAAAGAGAUUCAGUAUACAGAGUUUAUGUUUCUUCUGACGGGUGGAGUGGGUCUUCAUAACACAUUGCCAAAUCCAGAUCCCAGUUGGCUGCAGGACCGCAGCUGGGAUGAGAUUUGUCGGGCCAGUGACCUGCCUGCACUGAACGGGCUGAGGGAGAGCUUCAGCAAGAACCCAGGGGACUUCCUCCCCAUUUAUGACAGCAAGGAGCCAUACAACACAGAGCUGCCCAUGCCUUGGUGUGACCAACUCACCGACUUUCAGAAAAUGAUCAUUUAUCGAUGCCUCAGGCCUGACAAGAUUACACCAGCUCUUGCUAAUUAUGUGACGGAUAAACUGGGGAAGAAGUUUGUGGAACCACCUCCAUUUGAUCUGAGCAAGAGCUUUGUAGACUCCAACAGUGCCAUCCCAUUGGUCUUUGUGCUGUCCCCUGGUGCUGACCCCAUGGCUAGCUUGCUCAAGUUUGCUAGUGACCAGAACAUGGGUACAGCGAGGUUCCAGUCCAUCUCACUGGGCCAAGGACAAGGUCCCAUUGCUGCUAAGAUGAUCCGUGCUGGCUCCAAAGAGGGCUCCUGGGUGUGUUUACAGAACUGCCAUCUAGCCAUCUCAUGGAUGCCAACCCUUGAGAAGAUCUGUGAGGAGUUCAGCCCUGAGAUCUGCCAUCCUGACUUCCGGCUUUGGCUCACCAGUUACCCCUCACCCAAGUUCCCAGUGAGCAUCCUACAGAAUGGGGUGAAGAUGACCAAUGAGCCACCCACAGGCCUCAGGCUGAACUUGCUACAAUCGUACAUUUCCGACCCGCUGUCUGAUGAAGGGUUCUUUGCUGGCUGUCCAGACAAAGAGUUGGUGUGGGAGAAGCUGCUGUUUGGCGUUUGCUUCUUCCAUGCCCUGGUCCAGGAGAGGAAGAAAUUUGGGCCUUUGGGGUGGAACAUUCCCUAUGGGUUCAAUGAAUCUGACCUGCGCAUUAGUAUGAGACAGCUGCAACUUUUUAUAAACGAGUAUGACGUAGUUCCUUUUGAGGCCAUUACCUACCUCACAGGAGAGUGCAACUAUGGUGGCCGUGUUACGGAUGACUGGGACCGGCGGUUGCUUAUGACUGUUUUGGCAGACUUCUACAACCAAGAAAUCAUUGAAAACCCCCAAUACAAAUUCUCUCCCAGUGGAAUAUACUAUGCACCACCCAAGUCCAGCUAUGAGGAGUAUGUGGAGUUCAUCAGAAAACUGCCAUUUACCCAAAAUCCAGAAGUCUUUGGAAUGCAUGAGAAUGUGGACAUUUCCAAGGACCUGCAGGAAACAAAGCUUCUGUUUGAUUCCCUGCUGUUAACCCAGGGGGGUGGAACAAAGGGUGGUGCAACCACAGGAGGAGACAGUGCGCUCUUUGACAUUGCCAGUGAUAUCCUUAACAAGCUUCCAGGAAACUUUGAUACUGAAUCUGCCCUGGCUAAAUAUCCAGUGAGGUAUGAGGAAAGUAUGAACACUGUUCUGGUGCAGGAGAUGGAAAGAUAUAACACACUGACCUACACAAUACGUAACAGCCUCCAAAGCCUGCAGAAGGCCAUCAAGGGUUUGGUGGUCAUGGAUGCAGAGCUGGAGGCCGUGGCUGGCAGUCUGCUGGUAGGGAAGGUACCAGAGAAGUGGGCCAAGCGUUCAUACCCCAGCCUCAAGCCCCUUGGCAGCUAUGUCACUGACUUCCUUGCAAGGCUUAAAUUUUUACAGGUCUGGUAUGAAAACAACAAGCCCAAUGUCUUCUGGCUGUCUGGUUUUUUCUUCACCCAAGCCUUCCUGACAGGAGCAAUGCAAAACUAUGCUAGGAAAUACUCCAUCCCCAUUGACCUCCUUGGCUUUGAGUUUGAGGUCUUGCCCAUCAGCACGUCAGACACCUUCCCUGAGGAUGGGGUCUAUAUCCAUGGGCUCUUCCUGGACGGUGCACGGUGGGACAAGAAAAUUGGCGCUCUAACAGAACAGCACCCCAAAGUUCUCUUUGAUUUACUCCCAAUCAUCUGGAUAAAACCAACAAAGAAGCAAUACAUUGUGAUGACUUCAAGCCUCUAUGUGUGUCCGUUGUACAAAACAAGUGAGCGUAAGGGUACCCUUUCUACCACCGGACAUUCCACCAACUUCGUCAUCUCAAUGACACUUCCCACAAAGAACCCCCCUCAGCAUUGGAUCAAGAGAGGAGUGGCCUUGCUGUGUCAGCUGGACGACUGACCACAGAUAUUUUGUUUACAAGAAGCUCAAUGUAAACACAUAUUUUUCCUCUUUAGUUUCACAUUAUGUUUAAAUGCAUUACAAGGGGUGUUUAGUAACAGA